ACCAUCGCAUGCUCCCUUCACUAACGGACUUCUGGAAGGGCCCUUCGUGAAGGGAAUCAGUUGCUCACUUUCGUUUGGAACGUCCCUACAAAUGGCGUCCCCUUCCCGAAGUGCCCUUGAUGGGCGCAAAAAAGCCGUUUGGAAUUCGCCCAUAAUAUACAUAGACGCCUCAUGACAUGCUGGAACGUAAUCCAGCGUCGCCGCCAUAUUGGUUGGGUCUCCUCACUCUACACUAGCACCGGAGAGCGAGCAAUUUAUUACCGUAUUUUGUGCAGUUUACUGUUGCAAUAACCCGCGCAGAUACCAGAUCGCGUGGGAUUACCUUUCACAAAGGAUGUGUUCUUACUCGGGGAGCACAUUGCAGAAACCCAAUUCGGAAUUGAGAACCAUCAUUUCGUGCUUGUGUCAUUUGUGGUCAGUGGCGCCUGCAGGUUUACGGCUGGACGCACUGUGCGUGCCACGAGCGCUCAGACUGACCUGAGACUCCUCCUUCAGAGACACAGAGCUCUCGAGUCAGCAUCACCAGCUUUCAGGAAACUCUGAACACGAACAUCUACAGCCAGCGAUACUUCACUAACUUACAGAGGCCAGCAUGAAGAAAUUGCUUGUGGACGUGGACUGUGGUGUGGAUGAUGCUCAGGCUAUCAUGAUGGCUUUGGCAGCGCCUGGUGUGCAGAUCCUGGGCAUCACCUGCGUUCAGGGCAACACUUCAAUAGACAAUGUCUGCAAGAACGUCCUGCGUGUCCUGAAAGUGUGUAAGCAUCAGGAGAUUCCUGUAUUCCGUGGAGCGACUAAAGCGCUCUUGGAGCAGACCGUCAGCGCUGGAGAAUUUCAUGGUAAAGAUGGACUCGGAGACGCCCCGGACCCCGACGCUCCUGAUUUGGAUCUGGUCCAGAAAGAGGGCGCCGUGUCAGCCAUGAUCCGAAUAGUUAAUGCGAAUCCUGGAGAGGUGUCUUUAGUGGCCACGGCUCCGCUGACAAAUGUGGCUUUGGCAGUGAAACUUGACCCCUCAUUUCCCCAGAAACUCAAAGGCCUUUACAUUAUGGGUGGCAAUACAGACUCUUGUGGGAACAUCACUGUGUGUGGAGAGUUCAACUUUGCAGCUGAUCCUGAAGCAGCAUAUAUUGUUCUGAAUGAAUUCAUUUGCCCAGUUUACAUUGCAACCUGGGAGUUCACCUGUCGCAGUAAAUUAACCUGGGAGUUCUGUGACGGUUGGCUGGCUCAGGACACAGAUAAAGCUCGGUUUAUGAAACAGAUCUUUAAGCACAGCAUGGAGUCCAGCCACAGCGAGAGGGUUGAGAAGGAGCUGGUGGAUGGGCAGGGAUUCAUCUCCUGUGAUUCUUAUGCCAUGGCAGCAGCCAUAGACGACACGUAUAUCACUGAAACUGAACACAAAGCCGUCACUGUAGAGCUGGCGGGGAACUGCUGCCGGGGAAUGAUGGUUGUUGAUCACCUCGAUAUCCUGAAGAAGUCUCACAAAGUCCGUAUCUUGAAGAAGGUGGACUUGGAGAAGUUUAAAGUGCUCAUGAUGAAUGCUUUGAAAUAAAUGAUCAUUGGCAGCCAUAGCAUGCCAUAUUUUUAUAAACAUCUUUGUGGAAAAAUUGUUUGCUACCGGCUACUUCAUUAGAUUCACUUUUUUAACAAAUCCUCAAACCAUUCAUAUAGAAAUAACAGUGACCUGUUGAAUGAGAUAUAAAUUACAGUUUGAUAAAUAAACUACCAAUGUUCUUAA